CUUUUAUAUUUUGUAUACAACAUGUCACUUUCUUGUCAACGAUGUGGACAUGCGUUACGUAUUGAUGAUUCUUUAACCAAUUUAGAUCAAGCUUCGGCUGAUGUCUUGUUAGCACCUUUAGAAGAUGAAGUUCAAGCAACUCUUCAUCCAUCUCAACCUAUACCACAAGCACUCCAUACGCGUCUGAUCGGCAUUAAACCGCCCAACUUACAGCCUUCCAAUAGUCUUCAACUGCCCAGCAAACGAGAUAGUCUACCUGCUCCUUCUGAGUCCUUUGUGGUCUUGCCUCAUCCGACAGACAACACUAGCAAUAUCCAGUCUUCGACUAAAAUACUUCAAGCUGUCCAUCCAACCACUCACUUGACAUGGAUGGAAGAUGGUCAUUGGCCACGCAAUAACACUCUCUCUCAUCGAUUAAGAGUAGCGAAUCGUGUGUUUGAUAUCAUGUCUUCCAAAUCAAGUGUGGAUCAUCCCAUGUGUCAGGAAUGUACAGACAUGUUGUUGGAAAACCUUCAGAAACAGAUGAUGGAUGUCGGGAAAGAACGUGAUUGCUAUAUUGAUUUCUUAAAGAAAGUACAAGACAGUCGAGUGAGUCCUGAUGAAGAAGAAGGAUUGGCUCGUCAAGUCGAUGAGCUUGUUUUGGCAGAAAAAGAAGCAGAGGAUGAACUCGAUAAACUAAAACAAGAAGAACAAGCAUUGGAUAGUCAAUUACAGUCUUUACAGGAUCAAAUGCAAAGAUUAGAUAAAGAAGAACAAGGCUUUUGGGAGCAAUGCAAUCAGUAUCAAAUCAGUCUACAGACAUUUCAGAAUGAAAGGGAUUCUAUCAACUUAAAAUAUGAUCAUGAUGUGAAGCAAUAUGAACGACUACAAAAGACAGUGGUGUAUAAUGAUGCAUUCUGUAUUUCACAUGACGGACCCUUUGGUACGAUCAAUGGAUUUAGACUAGGCAAGUUAAGUACUCAUCCUGUUGAAUGGAAUGAGAUCAAUGCUGCUUGGGGACAAACCUUGUUGUUGUUGUAUACAGUAGCCAGUAAACUGAAAUUCCAGUUCAAGACAUAUCGACUUGUGCCUAUGGGAUCCUUUUCUCGCAUAGAGAAAAUAGACGGUGAUAGUGUUGUUUCUUAUGAACUAUAUGGUUCAGGGGAUUUUGGUAUCAACAAAAUGUUAUUUUUAAACAGAAGAUUUGAUCAUGCUAUGGUGGCUGUCUUAAACUGCCUUAAGCAACUCACAGACUUUGCUGAAGAAAGAGACAAGACAUUGAGACUUCCUUACCGUAUCAACAAGGACAGAAUUGGUGAAUUAUCAAUACGAAUUCAAUUUAAUCAAUUAGAACAAUGGACAAAGGCAUUAAAAUACAUGCUGACAAACAUGAAAUGGAUUUUAGUGUUUGCCAGUCGAGCCAAUACAACAACAGUAGAAUAG